AUGUGUGAGGGCAACUGCGCGUGCAAUUUGGCAGCGAAGGUGAGCUUCGGCGUCUCCGUGGUCUUGGUCCUCAUUGGCUCCAUCGUGUACGCCAUCGGGGCGAUCCAGGCAGCGGACCUGGCGGCCUCGAGCAUCAUCGUGGAUGGCCAGAGGAGCUUUACAUUGCAGGCGGAAGAGGGCAAGUACCUGGCAGGCUUCACCUUCUUCGGUCACAGAGGCAUGGCCUGCGAGAUGCACUCGCAGGAGAUCGAGAGUCAAAUCCCUGCGAACGCGGGCUUCUACGAGAGCAUGUGCGGCUGGAGACGAGGAAGCUUGAAGCACAACGGUCAGGAGGUCAAGGCUGUCGGUCAUUACAGCCCCUACGACAACGAUCUCAAUUUCUACUCCUUGCCCAUCGCCUUCGUCACCACCUCUCCCACCUGGGUGCUGGACGCUGCAAUCGACCCGAGCACCGUCAGUGACGCCUUGGCAUUGGUGGGGAUCACCAUGAUCGGCUUCCUCAUUCUGUGUGCUGGAGUCAUCAUGUGCUUCGUGACUUGCUGCGCCAUGUGCUGCAACCCGGAGGCGAGACAGCCAGCGAUGGUCACCACCAUUGUGCAGCCUCAGCAGCCAUGUUCGGUGCAAGCUUUGCAGCAUCAGCCGGUGAUCGUGGGGCAGCCAGUGAUGGGCCAGGCUGUCGUCGGGCAGCCAGUGCCCGCAUAG